GUGGAGGCACCGACCGAGCAGAACGUUUGUGUUAGAGUGUCACAGGCAAGAAAUCCCAAGGUAGCCUUGUCUUCCCAGAAGAGGCACCCCUGUGAGAGUUGUGGAAUAGUCUUGGGAAACGUUUUCCACGUGAUGGAGCUGCAGGCAACACAAUAUCCACAGAUGCUGUUGAGGUGUGGGGCAUGUGCAAAAAAGUUUUAUUUCAGUGUAAAAUUUCACCAGCAGCAUGUGAGAGAGAUUUCCAUUAGAGGUGUGGACAGGAUCUCACUUGCAAACAGCUGCAAUUUCACAAGUAAAUCUCACCUUAGUUAUCACCAGAGAGUUCACACAGGAGAAAAACCUUAUCAAUGCAAUGAAUGUGGAAAAACUUUUACCAAUACCACUAACCUUCGUAGACAUCAGAGACUUCACACUGGCGAAAAGCCUUAUCAAUGCAGUGAUUGUGGAAAAACUUUUACAGCUUAUACUGGUCUCAAAUGUCAUGAGAGAGUUCACACUGGAGAGAAACCUUAUAAAUGCACUGAAUGUGGAAAAUCUUUUACAAAUAACUCUGACCUUCACAGACAUCAGAAAAUUCACACAGGAGAAAAGCCUUAUCAAUGCAGGGAGUGUGGAAAAACUUUUCCAAAUACCAAGGGUUUCCAAUAUCAUCAGAGACUGCACAGUGGAGAAAAACCUUAUAAAUGCAGUGACUGUGGAAAAUCUUUUACUGCUAGGGAUACCCUACAAUGUCAUCAGAGAAUUCACACUGGAGAAGAGCCUUACAAAUGCAAGGAAUGUGGGAAAUCUUUUAAAAGUAUCCAGGGUCUCAAGUAUCAUCGGAACGUUCACACUGGAGAAAAGCCUUUUAAAUGCAUUGAAUGUGGGAAAUCUUUUAUCAUUAAGGCCCAGCUUCGUAGUCAUCAGGUCGUGCAUACAGGAGAAAAGCCUUAUCAAUGUAGUGAAUGUGGAAAAACUUUUACAGGUCCCAAUGGUCUCCAAUAUCAUGAGAAAGUUCACACAGGAGAAAAUCCUUAUCAAUGCAAUGAAUGUGGAAAAACUUUUACAAGUCCCAGUGGUCUCCAAUAUCAUCAGAGAGUUCACAGAGGAGAAAAACCUUAUCAGUGCAAUGAAUGUGGGAAAGCUUUUACCACUAACCCCAUCCUUCGUAGACAUCAGAGAAUUCACACUGGUGAAACGCCUUAUCAAUGCAAUGAAUGUGGAAAAAAUUUUACAUUUUCCAGUGGUCUCCAAUAUCAUAGGAGAGUUCACACUGUAGAGAAACCUUAUAAAUGCAGUGACUGUGGAAAAUCAUUUACUGCUAGGGCGUCACUACAACAUCAUCAGAUAACUCACACUGGAGAAGAGCCUUAUAAAUUCAGGGAAUGUGGGAAAUCUUUUAUCACUAAGACCCACCUGCGUAGUCAUCAGAGAGUUCCUACUGGAGAAAAGCCUUAUAAAUGCAGUGAAUGUGGAAAAUCUUUUUCCCAUCGCCCUGGUCUCCAAUAUCAUCAGAGAGUUCACACUGGAGAAAGGCCUUAUAAAUGCAGUGAAUGUGGGAAAUCUUUUUCCCGUCACCCUGGUCUCCAAUAUCAUCGGAGAGUUCACACUGGAGAAAGGCCUUAUAAAUGCAGUGAAUGUGGGAAAUCUUUUAUCACUAAUUCCCACUUCCACAGGCAUCAGAAAGUUCACACAGGAGAAAAGCCUUAUAAAUGCAGUAUAUGUGGGAAAUCUUUUAAAGGAAGCUGUGGUCUUCAAUAUCAUCAGAGGUUACACACUGGAGAAAAACCUUAUAAAUGCAAUGAAUGUGGAAAAUCUUUUACAAGUAACUCAGUCUUUCAUAAUCAUCGGAGAGUUCACACUGGAGAAAGGCCUUAUAAAUGCAGUGAAUGUGGGAAAUCUUUUAUCACUAAUUCCCAGUUCCACAGGCAUCAGAAAGUUCACACAGGAGAAAAGCCUUAUAAAUGCAGUGAAUGUGGGAAAUCUUUUCCAAGUAGCGAUAGUCUUCAGCAUCAUCAGAGAGUUCAUACUGGAGAAAGCCAUUAUGAGUGCAUUUAAUGUGAGAUAUUGUGGGGAGCUGGCACGGCCAUGGCAUACUCAGUCCCAGGGCGCCUUAUGUGCCAUGCCAUCUCAGCCUGGGUCAGUGAACCUGAGUGGAGGCGAUGGAAGGAUUAAGAAAAGACAGACAAUAGAAUGAAAGCUGGGUCUCCGUGUGACGCUGCCCUCUGGGGUGGAGAGAGACAGUGCCAACGCCCACAAGCCCUGUCUUUAUUUUAUAGCAGAUGCCACGAGGCAAAGUAAGGGCGUGAUCAAGAUGUUUACAACAUUCUCGUGGGUUGCAAUCCUACUCAACUAC